AUUUUCCUGUUCUCCAAGGCCCCAACCCGCCUCUUAUCUCUCUUUCCCAGAGAAAACGGAGGGCUCUUUCUCUCGAGAGAGAGACGAUGUUGGAGCUCAGGUUGGUGCAGGGAAGCCUCCUGAAGAAGGUCCUGGAGGCGAUCCGGGAGCUGGUGAACGAUGCCAACUUCGACUGCUCGGCCACGGGCUUCUCCCUCCAGGCCAUGGACUCGAGCCACGUGGCGCUGGUGGCUCUCCUCCUCCGAUCCGAGGGCUUCGAGCACUACCGCUGCGACCGCAACCUGUCCAUGGGCAUGAACCUCAACAACAUGGCCAAGAUGCUCCGCUGCGCCGGCAACAACGACAUCGUCACCAUCAAGGCCGACGACGGCAGCGACACCGUCACCUUCAUGUUUGAAAGCCCCAAUCAAGAUAAGAUUGCGGAUUUUGAGAUGAAGCUUAUGGACAUUGAUAGCGAGCAUCUCGGCAUUCCAGAUGCCGAGUACCAUGCCAUUGUUCGAAUGCCAUCGGCGGAAUUUGCAAGGAUUUGCAAGGAUCUCAGCAGCAUUGGUGAUACUGUUGUUAUUUCAGUAACCAAGGAAGGUGUGAAGUUUUCAACUGCUGGAGAUAUCGGAACUGCAAACAUUGUUUGCAGACAGAACAAGACUGUCGACAAGCCAGAGGAAGCAACCAUCAUAGAGAUGCAAGAGCCAGUGUCCUUAACUUUUGCUCUGAGGUAUAUGAACUCCUUCACCAAGGCAACGCCACUAUCUGAAACUGUGACCAUCAGCCUUUCUUCGGAGCUUCCCGUGGUUGUUGAAUACAAGAUUGCGGACAUGGGUUACAUACGGUUUUAUUUGGCUCCCAAGAUUGAAGAGGAUGAGGAGGAUAAGAAGCAUUGAGCAUAAUUUAUUUGAGUUUUUUUCUUUCCCAUCUCUGUUUCUUUAUGUUUUUUCUCUGGAAAAGAGUUGGUCUGCUUACAUUUGUACGGUUUUCGUAAAUUUCUAGUAGACUGAUCAUAUUUUUCUGAGUUCUUAGUGGUAGAUUUUUGCUGUUUUUUUUCUCCUUGUCGUGAUGAUCCAUGAGCUAUGACGGACAAGCAUGGGAGUCCCGUGCCGUUCUGCAAGAAAA